AUGACAACACCUAAAUUACCAGAACCAAAAAAAGGUUUUUUUGGUGGUAUCAACGAUGCUCAAAAAAUAAUUAUACUUUCAAUUUUUGUAUUAUUAUUUGCAAUUAUUACAAGUGUUUAUUAUGUUGGGUUGUAUACAGUAAUGAAUUGGCUGUAUGGUUGGAUUCUGGAUAAAUUUGUUGAUAAG